GUUUCUCUUCCUAGUUGUGUGUGUUUAAAUGCCACGUCCUGCUACAGAGGCACAGCUCUCCUCUUAAAAAGGGACCUCAAUGGAUUUUUUAGCAUUCAUAUUUUAAAAGGACCAACCCCAGAAUUAAGAUGAAGAAAAGCGUUGUCCCUGACUUCAUUUCUGAGGCUUCCAUUAGACUGAUUCUCUUUGGGGUUUUCUUAGUAACAGAAAAGCUUCCCCCAUUCCAUAGGGAUAUCCAGCCGGAGGAACUGUGGCUGUAUAAAUAUCACCAUGUGGAAGAUGACCAUGUGCCAACAAGUCUUAUGUUUAUUAUUGCUUUUUGCACCCCGUUGGCAGUGAUAAUACUGUUUCAGUUUUUUAAAAAGGCUGAGAAAGGGGACACCAAAGAAGCAUGCUUAGCAGCGACGCUAGCCCUGGUUCUCAAUGGGGUCUUUACCAACACUGUUAAAUUAAUUGUAGGGAGGCCUCGACCAGAUUUCUUCUACCGCUGCUUCCCUGACGGACAGAUGAACGCUGAGAUGAGAUGCAGUGGAGACCCGGACACUGUGAUGGAGGGGAGGAAAAGUUUCCCUAGUGGACACUCCUCCUUCGCCUUUGCUGGCCUGGGGUUCGCAGCCUUUUACCUGGCAGGGAAGCUGCACUGCUUUAGCCCAUCUGGGAGGGGGAAAGCGUGGAGGCUCUGUGCCUUUCUGAUGCCUCUGAUCUUUGCUGUCAUGAUUGCACUGUCAAGGACCUGCGACUACAAGCAUCACUGGCAAGAUGUUCUGGUUGGAUCAGUGAUAGGACUCCUUUUUUCAUACCUGUGUUACAGGCAACAUUAUCCAGCUUUGACCGACGUUGAAAGCCACAGACCACUGCGUUGUAAAAACAAGCUGCCAGUGACACAAGACAGAAAGAUUUCCAACUCAUUCAUUCUUCCAGUAUAGGGAUCCAAACCAUCCUCUGGGACUGUCGUUUUUAAGCAAUUCAGAAUACAAAACAGCUAGCCGCAAGGUUAUUGAAGGUUGUGAAACAACAUUAAAAAAAACAAAAAAAAACAGUAACUGUGCUCUGAAUGAAGAACCUGUGGUAAUGAUAUAAGAUCCAAUAGAUAUAGUUAAAGAAAAACGUAUUUAGUUUAGCCCACUGAGUAAGUAGAUUCAAAUAUUCAUUGUUUUUUUUUUUUUUUUUUUUUACUGUCCCUUACCCUUUUACUGUGUUUGCAAUCAUUGCAAGGGGUUAAUUUGGCAAUUGCUCAAAAACAACGCAGUUUUUAUAUAAGUGUCUGUAGUGGUGCUUUAAACUGAGUUCAGGAGCUGCUUUCAGUUUUAGUUGCCUGCUGUAGAUAAAUGGAACACGUUCUAGAUCAGCUACAGUGUAUAUAAGUGCAGCAAGAGCCAACACCAUUGAGUCAAGUUUCCUUUUGUUUUGCUGGCUGCACCCUGCACUGUGCUUUGGUUGAUCAAUACCUAUGUCAAUGGCAACAACAACAAUAUCUGCAUAUUAUAAACCGACCUAUACAUUAUAAACAAUGCAGUUAAUUAUCAACAGAAGAAAAGGGGGACCAGCGAUAAUACUGUCCGUGCUAAUAAGAAGAGAGAAUUUUUUUUUUUUAUAGGUAAUAACUUAGUAUUAUAUUAGUAUUAUGGAAUUAAUUAGUAUUAUACCUCACUUUCAAAGAGAAUGUAAUAUUUCAAUUCUGUUUGUUGUUGCGCAUGAUUUUAAGUAAAAAAUACAUAGUCUGUCUGUAAAGUUGUAUUUGAAAGUGUGUUCUGUCUUAUUAAUGUCAUGUAGUAAACCCAAAGCAAAACUGCCUUCGAAGCAACUUUUAAUGCUACCAUAGAUGGAUUAAGAAAAUCUUCAUAUCGCAAUCUGUUUUUUAAUUCCUCAGGAACUUCUCAAUUAUAAAUCUGCUAGAUAUUAUUUUCUUCAGUUUUAUAUCUUGUUAUAUUCAUCGGACAAUCUUCCAAACAUUUCCCCAGUGGUUUAAUUGUGAUUACUGUUUUAAGUGUGAAUGAAUGUGCUUGCAUAUUUUCUCCUUUGUGUUUAGUUUUUUGUAUAUUUGAUGAUAUCAUCUAUGGAUAACACGACAGAUAUUUUGUUUAGAAGUGUCUGUUAGGACAGGAGAAGCUGACAAAAACCUCAUCUGUGUUUCACAUCUUACUCUAGCUCAAAACAUGAUGUCUUUCCUGUAGGACCAAUGUAAAAGUCAGCCAAAAACAGAUCAAAUUGAGGACUCCAUAUUACCAGACAAGGGCUUCGAUGCAUAAGAUGGCUUUAGUCACUCCCUUUGGUGCUGGUAAUGAGACACACACUCUCGUUCUCAUUGUGGGUUAUAUUGGUUUGCCAAAACAAACAGCACGUCUCUAGAGUACGUCUGUGGUUUUACAAAAAUAUAAUGCCUGUCUUUGCUCACGGUUUUCAACAAGGUGUUUGCUGUAGUGCCAGUUGUGUAUUGUCAGUGUCAUUUAAAAUCACAGAAAGAUACAAACAGGUCAUUAACUAGCUGGUAUUCCAUUGUGCAUUCCUUUUAUUGUUGGCUGAGUAACUUGUUCUGUGAAUAUGCCAAACAGCAUAUUGAAGCACAUUCUGUUAUGUAUUUAAACAUUGUCUCUGUGUGUAAUUCUGAUACCUGUUAUGUUUACAAAAAAAAAUAAAAAAAUAUGUGCUUGUC